AUGGGGCUUCAGUUUUUAUGGAGCUUUGGACUUGCCUGCAUUGACGUACAUGCUUUGAAGUUCUAUAAAGACCUGCAUAAUCAAAUCAUCAUGAGCCUUUUUGUUGUUGGCGACUGGGUAACUAAUUCCUCUUUAACUUCAUUUCUUUCAUUACUUCCACAAGAGCAUGCUAUUAUCACAUCAAUUAUGGGACUGAAGGUCUUGGUAAACAAUCCAGCUGCACAUAUUGUGAAAGGAGAUCAGCUGGCAAAGGAUGAGGGUUCCAGUGACUCGUUUAAUCAGGACCUUUAUAAACAAUUCCUGGCUUUUGCUAGAACUCAGCAACCAUCCUCUCAGUCAUCUAACUCAGCAAUUCAAGUUGAAGGUACCAUCACUACAGCUCCCUCACACCCUAUCCAACCUUCAGACACUCACAGACAGCAACCUACUACUAGUCCAACAGAUGAUACCAGCUACCUUUCUUCUCCCCCUCAUAUAUCAGAUGUUCUUCCUGAUGAUAACCAACAUGUGACAAGAAAAUCCUGUCGACAAAAGCAACCCCCUUCAUACUUAGCUGAUUACCAUUGCAAUUUCCCUUCCACCUCGACUGCACUCCAAUCAUCAAUCCUGUUGGCAGAUCCUCCUAUCUCUGCUGGCAAACCAGAGAAAAACAGCAACAAACCAGAGACGAGCAACUCAGGCAAAACUACUUCAGUUGAUGUUGUUAAUUAG